AUGUUAUUAUUAAAUUUAAACAAAUUCCUACAAAUUAUCAUGAUUAUUUAUACUACUGAUAAUUUGAUCCACUAUGAACACAUUUCAUCGUCUUCAACUACAAAGCGAUCAUUAAACUCACAUGAAAAUAUUAACCAAUCAGCAGAAUAUUUAAAAAUGAAUAGUUUACAACGAACUCAUGCUAAAUAUUCACAGAAAUUUAAACAUUCAGCUGACCAAAGUAAUUACUAUCAUCAACAACAACAUUCAACUGUACAAAUUAGAUUGCCUUCAGUGGAAGAAUGUAUAUCUGAUCAAUAUAAUUACAGUGUUAAUAAAGGUUGCUUAUGUUAUUUAUUUCAAAGUACUGGACUGAGUAAUGGUACAUUUGAAUUUAUCACCAAUAGACAUGCACAAAUAUUAAGGGAUUCAAUGUCCAAUUGUAUCAUUUAUACAUUUGUUGGUGAUUUAAAAGAAAUUGUACAUAUACGUUUAUUGGAUUUCAAUCUAUCAAUCAACAAAGAAACAUUUGGCAGAGGAGAUAAAUGUACUACACAAUUCACAGUUUAUCAUCGAUUAGAUAGAGCAGAAUUAAUGCGCGAUGAUCAACCGGAUUAUCGAUUAUGUGGUCAAGAGUUGAAUCAACUCCCUGUACAGGAAUUUUAUUCCACUGGACGAGUUCUAAUUAUUGAAUUAGAUCAAAUUACUAAUGAAAGUCAAAAAAUUCUAGGAUUAUUUGAAUUUUUAGAUAAAGAUACAUAUCAAACUGAUGGAAUUCACAUUCAAUCUACAAAAUGUGAUCAAUUAUUUUUCAGUUCAUCUCAUAAAAAUAACAAAAAUAAUAAUAAAAAUAACAAUAAAUCAUUUCGAACGAAUUCUAACCCGUUAUUAUUACAUCAGAUCGAUCAAUUAAAUCGCAAUCCACCUCAACGCAUGUUCAAUAAUGAUCAAGAAUUAUUUUUUCUACAAUUUAAAUCAAAUGGAAAAUUUUUCAGUCCAAAUUAUCCACAAUUUUAUCAUAAUAAUAAUGUAUCAACCAUGUUAUGUAAAUAUUAUUUUUUAGCUCAUUCAAAUGAACGUAUCAUUAUCAAGUUGAAUAAUGUACAAUUAUGGAGUAAUCAAAAUUGUCAUUCCACUUUACAACGUGAUACCAUACAUGUACAUGAAAUUGCCACUUCAUUAUUCAAUACAAACGAUGCCACGCUUAGCCAAUUACUACACAAACUUCAUGAAAACGCAUUUAUUUAUCAAUUAAAAAAACAAUUAUUAUUUUUAUGCGGUAGCAAAGAUCACAUUGAAAUCAUUUCAGAUCAUCCAUUGCUAAUGUUGACAUUGCAAACACAUGUCAACAGUUUAGGCGCACGUGGAUUUGAAGGAAUCUAUCAAUUUUUAAGUAAAACACAAUCAUCUCACAAUCAUGAUAAUGAUAAGGAGUUAUUUCAAGAUCCAGGUAUUUUGGAAUUUAUGAAUACUGAAACUGACUCAACAAUUAAAAAACAAACUAUUCCACAAAUCAAACACUACUGGCUGGAUCCAUUGAAACCUCGAGGUAUCAUUAAAUCACCAAACUAUCCAUUAGUCUAUCCUCAGAAUAUGAGACUGUUAUAUAUUUUUAAUAUUCCCGAAGGCAAGCUGCUUCGAUUGAAAUUUUCAAGUAUUCAAUUAGGAAAUAAUUAUAUACCAAGUACUAAAUGUACACAACUUGUUGGCGAUCGUAUCGAACUUUAUGAAUAUGGUUAUUUAAAUAAUAAUACACCACAAUUAAUUUUAUGCGGAACAUCUGCUGUACCACAAGAAAAAAUUAUACGCAAUCAACGAUUUCAAAUGAAUCAUGUAUACAUUAAUUUUAUCACAGAUCAUUUAACUAAUCAAAAUGAAUUAGGUUUUAUUCUGUCUUAUGAAUAUGCCAAUCUUAAUGGAUCUGUCCCGAAUGAAAAUCAAUAUAUUGCUGAUAAUGAUGACGAUAAUAAUAAUCACAAUAGAUUCAUGCCUAUUCGUCAGGAUUUAUCGGACAAUAGUGAUGAUGAUGAUGAUCCAUGUCAAUUUACAAUUAAAAGUUACGGCAAAGAAUCAACUGGUUACCUUCAUAUACCAGAUUAUUUAAUUAAAACAAAAAAAUCAUUCAAUCUGAAUAAUUGUAAAUGGAAACUUGAAGGUGGCUAUGGUCAACGUAUACAAAUACGUUUUAUAAGACAUUUAAAUACUGUGCAACAAAGCAAUUCAUUUCCAUCGGGACAAAUGACAUCAAUUCAAAGAAAUGAUGAUUUUGUUCAACAUGAUCAAGAGUUCAAUGAUUUAAUCCAACGACAAAAACAACAAAAAACUGAUAUGACUGAGAUAAAUGAAGAUGAAUUAACAUUUACACCAUCAGCAUCGUCAUCUUCAUCAGCAUCGUCCUUUUUAAACAGUUUAAAAUGUCCUACAUCCAUCACACUGGAAUUAAUCAAUUAUCGUGCUAAUCUCUUAACCACAAACAAUGAUAUCAAUAAACUCUUAAAUAACAAAUUAAAUCCUCAUAACAUGUUAAAACAAAAUUAUGAAGCGUUAGGUGUAGACCCAUUGUCUAUUACACAACCUUCGUCAUCAUCAUCAGCAUCGUUAUCUCGUACAGAUUCCAUGGAAUCUACACCGUCGGAUCCUGUCCGAUUGUGUGCUGGUGAUUUUAUGAAUUAUUCACCUGCUAGUAAAGGUUUCAUGUCUGGUAAUAUUCCACGUUUAGAUAUAAUACUGAAAAUUAAUCAGUCUACAAAUAAUAAUAACGAUAACAAUAAUAAUAAUAUUCAUAAUUAUAAUCAUAAUAAUAUAACUGAUCGAAGAAAUUUAGAGCAAAACGUCAACAGGAAUCAACCAUUCAAUUUAGGCUAUGAUGUACAGUAUAAAUUUGUGACAGAUUAUGGUGUUACAUCUUCUUCUGGGAAUCAACGGAAACCAAGUUGCUACUUCGAAUUCUGUCGUUCUCAAUCAAUAACAGGGAACUUUUCAUCACCAAACUAUCCUGGAUUAUAUCCUAUUGAUGUUAUUUGUGAAUAUCGAUUUUCUGGUGUAAAUGUAAGAAGAAUUGACAUUUCAUUUGUGGAAUUCGAUGUAGAAAGUACUUCUAAAACUUGUAUGGAUGACACAAUGGGUGAUAAUGUUGAAAUCAGUAGUUGUUAUUCAACAGAAUUAUUGAGUUCACCAAAACGUCGAUUUUGUCAUAAACAAAAUCCGUUGAAUCCAUUCAAAGUUCAAUGGCAUGAACCAUGUGUAAAUUUGAAAUUUUUUUCUAAUGGCAUGUAUGUAAGAACAGGAUUUUUUGGUGUAUAUGAAUUUCAUGAUGCUGGUCAACAGUGCAAGAGAAUCAAUAAACUACUGGUUACAUUCUUGUGUUUCAUUGUGAACAGUUUAUUAUUUCUGUUGACAUGA